AUGGCCACACUCAUGAUUGGAAAUGUCAGCUUAACUGGCAUCCAAUGUAUAUUCCAGGAACUGGACACAGCAAAGGAGAGGGAUGUGAGCAUAUAUUUUUGGCAUCAAAUGCACUUGCUUGUGGCACCUGACAUGCAAGCAUGUUCCACUGGCAUCAAAAAAUCAAGCAACACUUUUCAUUUUGGAAUAAAGAUAAAUAUGCCACUCUCAGUAAGAUUUUUCUUCCACCACUGUAACUUUCUGUGGAACCAUUAUCAAGAAGCCCUAAAAUCAAUUCAGACCCUCGCUGUUGAGCUAUCUGCCAUCAAAGCUGAGCUGGAUAUCACUGAUGAUGACUUCCCUCGUUACCUUCACCAAGAACAUGUUUAUCUUGAUAGCUUGAAGCAGCCACCUGUGAGAGAUCAGACUCAUAUAUGCUAUGUUGAGGCACUUGAUGAACUAACAGAAUGA